AUGGCUCCUAAACUCCCCAAACUACUCUCACUCCUACUCUUCUUCCCACUAGUUCUCAACUUCACGGCAAGAACCUCCGGCCAAGAGUGCCCUUAUCCAUGUUAUCCGCCGCCAACCGGUCCCGGAAACAACCCUCCGGUAGCUCUAACUCCUCCAUAUUCACAAGGUUCUAAUUAUUUUCCACCUCCAGCAACUUAUAAUAACAAUCCAGCAGCAGGUGGUUCUAAUUUCCCAUAUUAUAACUCUCCACCUAACUUUGUAAAUGGUGUAGUACCUCCACCACCUGAUCCUAUCUUGCCUUGGUGGCCAUAUCGUUAUAAAAACCGUCCUAAUUAUGGAGAUCAGUACUCUUCAUCAGUCUCUAUUCAAGAAUCAAGAACCUUGAUCAUCAUCUCUAUUGUUCCACUGCUUUCCUUGUUUGUCACUUUGUUUCUCCAUUAA